UAUCAUGGUGGGUAUAAAAGUGACACAGUUGGGAUGGGCAAAGUACCAGUGCAAUCAGGGAUAGGACUGACCACCAAAAUGGGCAAAAUCAUCUUCUACGAGGACAAGAACUUCCAGGGUCGCUCCUAUGAGACCAGCAGCGACUGUGCCGAGCUGACCUCCUACCUGAGCCGCUGCAACUCCUGCAGGGUGGAGAGCGGCUGCUUCAUGGUCUACGAACGUCCAAAUUUCAUGGGCCACCAGAUGCUGGCAAGGAGGGGAGAGUACCCUGACAACCAGCGCCUGAUGGGUAUGACCAUGAGUGACUGCAUCCGUUCCAGCCGCAUGAUCCCCACGCACAGAGGUCCAUUUAGGAUGAGGAUCUACGAGAGGGAGAACUUCAGAGGUCAGAUGAAUGAGCUGACGGACGACUGCGACAACAUCCAGGAUCGUUUCCGCAUGUCCGACUGCCAGUCUGCCCACGUGAUGGACGGCCACUGGCUGAUGUACGAGCAGCCCCAAUACAGAGGCAGGAUGCUGUACCUGAGGCCCGGGGAGUACAGGAGCAUGAGAGACAUGGGAAUGGGUCCCAUGGACAUGAGGAUUGGAUCCAUGCGACGUAUCAUGGACUCCUGUUAAAGAACAGAACAGGAUCGAGACUUGAAAAUGUAAUCAACAAAUAUUAAAAAAGAAGUUAUCAAUUUAUCGAGUUUCAAAACGCCGGGCAGAAAUUCUGGGCACAGAUUAGACAUCAGAGAAAGAAAUUGCAUGAAUUAUCAGCACCCAACUGUUCCGGGAUGUCAGGACAAAUUGAGCUGUAGUGAAUGCUGCUACUUUAAUAACUGUAUCUAAUAGCCAAGUCAAGACUUCUUCUUCUUCUAACUAUGAAAUGUGUUAUGUCAUAUUUGAUGCACGUGACAUUAAAAAUGAAUAUCAAAAGAACAAAAAAA